AUGCGGGCACGGAUCCAAUGUGACGCGGGACUACGGGGCAGAGUGGAUCUGGUGCGCGGAGAGAGUGGGGAGCGUGUGGCGCAUGAAUCUCACGCGCAGAGAGAAUAUCUGGUUGUAAAGGGCUACCAGCUGGCCAGUAUCGAUAAAAUUACAACCCUAACUAAGAUACAUAUCUUGGAAACUGCGACUUCCAUUGACAACACAUUUCUUUGUUUGUUUCUGCUUGCAGGGGUUAGUGGAUGGACAGCCUAUGCUGGAUUUUUUGAAGUAUGCAAACCCAAAAAGGGUGAGAAAGUAUUUGUGUCUGCAGCUUCUGGAUCGGUUGGAAAUUUGGUUGGACAGUAUGCCAAACUGUUUGGUUGCUAUGUCGUUGGUUGUGCUGGAAGCAAGCAAAAGGUAGAGUUGCUAAAAGAAAAGCUGGGAUUUGAUGAUGCAUUCAACUACAAGGAAGAAACAGAUUUGAAGUCAGCUUUGAAAAGGUACUUCCCAGAUGGAAUCGACAUAUACUUUGACAAUGUGGGGGCUGAGAUGCAGGAAGCAGCAGUUGCCAACAUGAAUGCCUUCGGUAGAGUUGCUGUUUGUGGGGUAAUGUCCGAGUACACGGAUGCUGGGAAGCGAGCUGCUCCAGAUAUGAUAGAGGUUGUGUACAAGAGAAUCACAAUCCGAGGUUUUUUGAUAGUUGAUCAUAUGAAUGUGUAUGAAGAUUUUAUAUCAACAACCUCGGAUCAAAUUCGUAGAGGGGACAUGCAGGUAAUUGAAGACAUUGCAACCGGCUUGGAGAACAUCCCCUCUGCUUUCAUUGGACUCUUUCGGGGUGACAACAUUGGAAAAAAAAUUGUUAAGAUUGCAGAGCAGUGAAUGGGAAGAAAAAACUAGCCAUAUAACUUGAUAAUGUGUCUGUAAAUAUUAGCCUUUGAAUCAAUGGCUGAUUUUCGCAAAAAACUAUAUAUUUUGCUUGAUUAGUGAACUGAAAUGAACGUAUUCUAUUAAUUGAUCAUUUGUAGUUAUUGUGGAUGGUAAUUGUCCCUGCUAGCAAUAAUUACACUAACGAUUUCAAGACACAAUUAUCAAGCACUGUCAGAGUAACCAAACAGAUAAUAAGAAAGAAAUAAAGCAGUAGGAUUCAUGUUUUGAGAAUGGUUAACUAAUUAAUCAAAUUGGUAAACCAUGGUCAAUCUCUGAAGUUUGCAUCUCAAAGCAGUUUCUCAGAUUUUCCUAUUAUUCAGUAUUCUUCUAUCCUUUUCCUAUCAUUUCUUUCUAAAAAAUCAAACACAUAAGUGAACAUAUGCGUCCUACGUAUCCAAUAGUUUAUUUUCAAAAGAUGAGGAUGAAAAAAAUAAAAUAAAAAUGAGAGAAUACUAAAUAGCAUUAAGCAUUUCUCUUCUACGUUCUUAACUUCUUGGCUUGGCUUGCAAUUAAAGAACCCCGAAAAUUCGAGAAUACCCCAUGCCAAGCACAAGAGAAAAAACUCAUGCUUCUUGUUUUGUUGUUGCCUACCAUGUUUUUUGCCUUUCUUUGAAGUGACUGAUGCAGAUUGCGUAGUCGUUAGUUUGUUUUAUUUUCUAAACCGACUUUAUGUUGUUAUUUUAUUAGGGUUAGGGUUUUGAGAGUCUUUAUUUCGUUAUUUUAUU